UGAGAAAAGUGCCUCUGCCGGGGAUAGAACCUCCGACCUUCAGGUUGACAAACUGCGAUUAGUACGAACGUUCAAAGCUCACGAUGAAGGGGUUUGUAAAGUGAGGAUACACCCUAGAAUUCCCAUGCUGGCAACAACUUCUGAUGACGGCACGUGGAAGCUGUGGUCCAUACCUGAUGGGGAAAUACAGAUGAAUGGCAAGGGGCAUAAGGCUUUCGUGUCGGACCUGGUCUUCCAUCCGGACGGAACUGUUUUCGUCACCACCAGUGGGGACCGCACUGUUAAGGUUUGGAAUAUGGUUAAAGAAAUUUGUUCGACAACACUAACCGAUCACAUGGAGACUGUCUGGAGUGCGGACUUCCAUCACUCUGGUGCUUUCUUCGCAACUAGUAGUACCGAUCAAACCGUGAAGAUAUUCGAUACCAAG